UACUAAUAUACGCUUGUAAUGAUUUUUACUAGUUUCCUGUUUGGUUCCUCUUGUUCCUUUCUUCCACUAUUCAAAUCCCAAAAAGGACCCUUUCUCCUUUCUCUUUUCUUCUUCUUCCUCUCCCUUUCCAGCAAUAGAAAGAAAGGAGAGCCUCGAUUGAAAUUCUAUCUCUAAAGAGAGGCACGCAGAUUGCCUGAUUACUCUUUAUGGAAAAGCAAGUACUUCUAUCUGUUUUUCUUCAAGAUUUCUUUUUGGAAUUUUCCAACUAGAUUUAGGGUUUUUCUUUGGCCAUCGCCCCCAUUUCAAGGACUUUGUCAUAACUGUCGGGUAGUGGGUUUUUGAAUCAGAUGGCUGAAAGCUGGGAUGCAAGUUAUGACCCUGGUAGCCAGUCAGAGGACAGUUACCAUUUUGAGAGAUUUCAUAUAGAACCUAUUUAUGAUGCAUUUGUUUGCCCUUUAACAAAGCAAGUCAUGCGUGAUCCUGUGACCUUAGAAAAUGGGCAAACUUUUGACCGUGAAGCGAUAGAAAGGUGGUUCAGGGAAUGCAGGGAGAGUGGAAGGAAAUUGGUUUGCCCCUUGACACAAAAAGAACUAAAAAGCGCAGACCUGAACCCAAGCAUAGCAUUGCGGAACACCAUUGAAGAGUGGACUGCUAGAAAUGAAGCUGUUCAACUUGAUAUGGCUCGAAGGUCAUUAAAUACUACCAGUCCAGAAAGUGAUGUUCUGCAGUCUUUGAAGUAUGUUGAAUAUAUCUGCCGAAAGAAUCGAUCAAAUAAGCAUGUUGUGCGCAAUGCUGAGCUAAUACCUAUGAUUGUUGAGACAUUGAAGAGUAGCAGCCGUAGAGUUAGAUGUAAAGCUUUGGAAACACUUAAAAUUGUUGUAGAGGAAGAUGCUGAUAAUAAGGCAAUAGUGGCUGAAGGUGACACUGUGCGCACAAUAGUUAAGUUCUUGUCUCAUGAGCAAUCCAAAGAAAGGGAGGAAGCUGUCUCAUUGCUGCAUGAGCUCUCUAAGUCUGAAGCUUUGUGUGAAAAGAUUGGUUCAAUCAAUGGAGCAAUUCUUAUAUUGGUUGGAAUGACAAGCAGCAAAUCGGAAAAUAUUUUAACUGUUGAAAUGGCUGAGAAAACGCUUGAAAAUCUGGAAAAAUGUGAUAACAAUGUGCGUCAGAUGGCUGAAAGUGGUAGAUUGCAGCCUCUUCUGAAUCAGCUUCUCGAAGGCCCACCAGAAACCAAACUAUCCAUGGCUUCAUACCUUGGUGAACUGGUUUUGAGUAGUGAUGUGAAAGUCCAUGUGGCUAGUACCGUUGGUUCAUCCCUAAUCGAUAUUAUGAGAAGUGGUAACACACAGUCAAGGGAAGCUGCUUUGAAAGCUUUGAACCAAAUUUCAUCAUCUUGUGGGCCAAGUGCUAAGGUGUUGAUUGAAGCAGGAAUUCUUCCUCCUCUUGUCAAUGACCUCUUUACAGUUGGCUCAAGUCAGCUUCCCAUGCGACUGAAAGAGGUUGCAGCAACAAUCCUUGCUAACAUUGUGAGCUCAGACUAUGAAUUUGACUCAAUUCCUGUUGGAACUGACCAUCAGACUCUGGUAUCAGAAGAUAUAGUACAUAGGCUACUCCAUCUAAUUAGCAACACUGGGCCAUCUAUCGAAUGCAAACUUCUGCAGGUUCUUGUUGGGCUGACCAGUUCUCCUGCUACUGUUCUGAAUGUUGUUACUGCCAUUAAAAGCUCUGGUGCUACUACCAGUUUGGUUCAGUUUAUUGAGGUCCCCCAGAAGGAUCUGCGUGUAGCUUCCAUAAAACUUCUCCAGAACCUCUCUCGACACAUGGGUCAGGAACUAGCUAAUGCCCUUCGUGGUACAGUUGGCCAGCUUGGCAGCCUAAUUAGAGUCAUAACGGAGAACAUAGGAAUUACAGAAGAGCAGGCAGCUGCUGUUGGCCUUUUAGCUGAACUCCCAGAGAGAGAUUUGGGUCUUACACGGCAGAUGCUAGAUGAAGGGGCCUUUCAGCAAAUCUUUGUUAGAGUAGUAAGGAUCCGUCAAGGGGAGACUAGGGGUAUCCGUUUUGUCACACCAUAUUUGGAAGGGCUUGUACAGGUUCUUGCAAGGGUUACAUUUGUUUUGGCUGAAGAGCCUGAUGCUAUUGCAUUCUGCCGCGAGAACAAUCUUGUAGCUUUGUUCAUUGAACUGCUUCAGUCUAAUGGACUUGACAAUGUGCAGAUGGUUUCUGCCAUGGCAUUAGAGAACUUGUCUCAAGAAUCCAAAAAUUUAACAAAAUUGCCUGAGUUGCCCCCACCUGGAUUUUGUGGCUCAAUUUUUCCUUGUUUUAGCAGACAGCCUGUAAUAACUGGAUUGUGCCGGCUCCAUCGCGGUACGUGUUCAUUAAGAGACUCAUUUUGUCUUUUGGAAGGACAGGCAGUUGAGAAACUGGUUGCGCUUUUAGAUCACACAAAUGAGAAGGUAGUCGAGGCUGCACUAGCAGCAAUAUCUACUUUGUUGGAUGAUGGUGUUGAUAUCGAACAAGGAGUGAUGGUGUUGUGUGAAGCAGAGGGGAUUAAACCCAUACUUGAUGUGUUACUUGAGAAAAGGACAGAGAAUCUGAGGAGGAGGGCGGUUUGGGCUGUUGAGAGGCUUUUACGAACUGAUGACAUAGCAUAUGAAGUUUCUGGAGAUCCAAAUUUGAGCACUGCACUUGUUGACGCCUUCCAGCAUGCUGACUAUCGAACCCGACAGAUUGCUGAGCGUGCCCUGAAACAUGUUGAUAAGAUACCUAAUUUCUCCGGUGUCUUUGCAAACAUGGGAUAGGCCUCUUCCAGUUGAGCUGUGCACAAGUUGAUUAUUGCAAGGACAUGUAUGUAAUUCAUCCCUCGUCCUGAACGGUUCUGAGGUGGCUAUGGUUUGCAAAAUAGGUAGAUAUUGUUGUAAACAGAUUUUGUUCAUUUGUUUUCAAUGAUGCUCUUUCCUUUUGCCUUGUUUCUUUACAUGGUUCCAUAUAUUGUACUUUUGCAUAGGGAGUGGAAUAUUAGUUUCUUUCUAUGAUGCUUUUCCAGCAUCCUUCAUUAAUAACUGAGACGUCUUAUUUUCCUGAGGUA